UGUAGUUGGCCUUUGUAAAUCACUUGUAAAAUAUUCAAAAAUAUUUUUUAAAUUUAGAGAGAUACUUAAGUCCUCUAUAUUUGGGAUUAUAAUGUCUGGGAGCAUUGUUUUCACAGGAUCCCUGCUAAGAUAGAGUUUACUAAUAUUAAGUGUACGUCCUUGGAUACGACUUUUGACGACUUCGAGUACUGCCGACUGAAGUCCGUGAACCGCACUUUCAAAUAUAUGUCGCUGAAAGUGAAACUGUAUAAGAUUCCCAUUACCAAAGUCAAGGUCAACUUUGCAUUGCUUAAGAGAUUCGGUGGAUACCAGCCGUUUCUUUAUAACAUCACGGUGGAUGCCUGUAGAGUUCUGAAAUAUCCCAAGUCAAACCCAGUUUUUGGCUUUUUCCACAGUCUCUUUCUGCAGCAUUCCAACAUGAAUCAUACGUGUCCCUUUGAUCACGACCUUAUUGUGGAUAAGCUUUCCGCCGAGUUUGUAAAUACGCAAUUUACAAAAGUUUUGCCUUUUCCGCUCGGAGAUUACCAAUUUUAUUCCAACUGGAUGGCAGAUGAUAUAAGCCGGGCGGAAGUUCGGGUCUACGGCACGCUCUCCUAAAUACAAAAUGAUUGUUAAUAACCUUUUUAAAUGUUUUCGCUAUACAUUAAAAUUAGUAUUCGGCGA